AUGCGCAGUCGCCCUCCACACACAGGCCUACAGCUCCCCACACUCGCUAUAUGCGCGAAUAUCCGCCCGGCGCGAACCCUCGUCCCGCCCACCUCCACUCGUCUCUCUCUCCUAGGCCUACACCAGCUCCAGAUACGCGUCCCUUAUCUCCUGCCCCAAUCACUCGACGCUGAACACGGCGGGAUCCCCUCCGCGUUGUCAGCAUACGACGCCGGCCCGCUCUUCUCCCCCUACACCAGACCCUGGGGGCUCUCCGAGUCUUCAGCCGUGUGGGCUGAGAUGUCGCUGGCAUAG